CGCCCUCCAGCGCCCGGAGCGGUGCAUUGUGGGAAACUCCCGGGCUGUCCUCCGCGUCUGCAGCCGCCGCCGCCCCGCCGAGGAGCGCGCAGCCCGGGGAGGCCGGAGGACGCGCCCGUAGAAUGCCCAGGGGCGGCGAGCUGUUCUGAGCCCCCAGUGUAGCCACCUGCCUGACCCAUACGCCUCGCCCACCAUGGAGUCCAGAGGGAAGUCGGCCAGCAGCCCCAAGCCCGACACCAAGGCACCCCAGGCCACCACCGAGGCCAAGGUACCCCCGGCAGCCGAUGGGAAAGCCCCUUCGACCAAGCCCUCGAAGAAGGAGGCCCCGGCCGAGAAGCAGCAGCCACCGGCAGCCCCCACCACGGCGCCUGCCAAGAAGACGCCGGCCAAGGCAGACCCCGCCCUCCUCAACAACCACAGCAACCUGAAGCCAGCCCCCACGGCCCCCACGGGCCCUAGCAGUCCCGACGCAACCUCGGAGCCCAAGGGUCCUGGGGACGGGGCAGAGGAGGGGGAGGCUGCCAGUGGGGGGCCUGGGUGCCCAGGUCCCUGGUCCUGCGAGAACUUGAACCCCCUGCUGGUGGCUGGGGGUGUGGCCGUGGCAGCCAUAGCCGUGAUUCUUGGUGUGGCCUUCCUGGCCCGGAAAAAAUAAUACCUGGGGGCCAGGUGGGCACGGAGCCACUUCCUGUACAGACCUGAGGAAGCCA